AUGGCAAUGCGAUCACCCUCUUCCUCUUCCUUCAGUUAUGGAUUCACCUACGACGUGUUCCUCAGUUUCAGAGGUUUUGAUACCCGCUACGGCUUUACAGGCAAUCUCUACAAAGCUCUCGUUGACAAUGGAAUUAACACUUUCAUUGAUACUGAGGAGCUUCAAAGAGGGGAUGAAAUCACACCAGCACUAAUCAAGGCUAUUGAAGGGUCUCGAAUUGCUAUCCCAAUCUUCUCAGUUAACUAUGCAUCUUCUUCAUUUUGCUUGGACGAACUUGUCACCAUCAUUGAUUGUGUCAAGGCAAAGGGUCGGUUGGUUUUUCCGGUUUUCUAUGACGUGGAUCCUUCUCAUGUCAGACAUCAAAGAGGGACUUAUGCUGAAGCAUUGGACAACCAUGAGAAGAGGUUUCAGGAUAACAAGGAAAAUAUGGAGAGGUUGCAAAAAUGGAAGAUGGCUCUUAACCAAGCAGCUAAUUUGUCAGGCUCUCAUUUCAAACCCGGGAGUGCAUUUGAAUAUGAAUUUAUUAAGAAGAUAGUUGAAGAGGUCUCCAAUAGGAUUAGGCGCAUGCCCUUACAUGUUGCGGAUUACCCUGUUGGAAUCGAGUCUCAAGUGCUAGAAGUGAUGUCACUUUUGGAUGUUGGAUCUGGUUAUGGAGUUCACACAGUAGGGAUCUACGGACUUGGAGGAAUGGGUAAAACGACACUUGCUCGAGCUGUUUAUAAUUUUAUUGCUGACCAAUUUGAGAGUUUAUGUUUUCUUCAUAAUGUGAGAGAAAGUUCAGCUAAGCAUGGCUUCAAACAUCUCCAAGAAAAUCUUCUUUCCAAAACAGUUGGAUUGAACAUUAAGUUAGUGGAUGUCAGUGAAGGAAUUUCAUUGAUAAAGCAAAGGCUGCAUCGAAAGAAGGUUCUUUUGAUUCUUGAUGAUGUUGACAAAUCAGAACAAUUGCGUGCAAUUAUUGGAAAUUCUGAUUGGUUUGGCUCUGGCAGUAGAGUCAUCAUAACCACUCGUGACAAACAUUUGCUAGCAUCUCAUGGGGUUGAGAGAAAGUAUGAGAUAUAUGGGUUAAAUAAGAAAGAAGCACUUUAA